AUGAAUAUUUUAGAUGAAAAUGUCCUUAUCUGUUAAUUCUAAACCCAAGUUGAUCAACUCUAUAGGUCUAUGAAUCAAGAACUUUUGAUUAAUUUAUUCCAUCUAGCCAAUUAAACAGAAAAUGAAUUAACAUUAUAAAUAAUUGGAUCUCUAAUUGCUACAUAUAUUGAUACUAACCAUUAAGAAAUCACUUGUUUUGAAAACAUUUAUCAAGGAGUUUUUCAAAUCAUCAGAAAAAUCAACUCUACUUCAAAACCGGUUUAUCAUUUUUUAGGCUCAAUUUUAGCUACAAUUAUGUUUCAUUUUUAAGACAAGCUACCUACAAACUCCUUCAAUUUAUAUAUUCAAGAACUUCUAAGUGCAAAACCAAUAGCCGCCUUUGCUAUUCUAGAAGCAGUUAUUAGAAGAUUAACACCAAAUCAUAAAUUACAUAAAAUAGCUGUAAUCACUCUAGAUUCCCAACAUAGAGCAGUUAAAAAUUACUUUUACAAAAAUAACCUUGAAUUAUUACUAAAUAGUAUCAUGUUAAUCUUAAAAAAUAACUAUGUUGAUCUUGUUGAUAAAGCAAUCAAUUUAUUUAGUUUAAUAAUGGAAGGAGAAUUCAUUACAGAUACUAAGGAAAAAGACUUUCAUAAAUUAAGAAGAGCUGAUAUUAAAAAUAAUAAUUCUUUAUAAUGUCAACUUUCAAGAUUCAAUCCUUGUUUCAUUGAAGCUGAAAUACAAUAAUUGAUGAUUGAAAACUCUAAUCUACAAUGGGUUGAUCCUACACGUUCAGACAUUAAAAGAUUAUGGGCUAAUAUUCUAGAUCCUGAAUUUAUCUAAUUAUUACUCAGAUUAUUACCACAAUGUAAUAUAUUAUGGAAUGUACUUGGUAAAAUUUGUAAAAUAUUUAAAAAACAUUUCCUCAAAGAAUAAAGAGCUUUGGAUUUAAUUCUUUUUAUGACUUAAGAAGUUUAAAAACUAGAUCCUACUUAAUUGGAUCUUGUAAAACUUUUGAAAUUUUCAUGUAGAACUAUCUAUGCUAAUACUAAUUAAGAUUGGUUAGUGUUUAAUAUGUAAUUAUUCUCUAAAGCCAAUACUAUUGAAUAAUAAGUUUAAGUAUUUAGAUUUUUAAGAGAAAUUUGUAGAUAUUAUAGAUAAGUACCAAAUUUUAAUAAGGAAUAUUUUAAUCAACUCUUUAUUUAGAUUAUUUAUAACUUCUUUAGUAAUUGGGUUUUGUCUUAGACUGAGGUAUUGCUUACAGAGAAUCAAUAUUACUAAAAUAUUAGAUACAAUAUUAAAGUAAUUACAUAAUUUAUAAAUAAAAAUUACUUUUAAUUUUUUUAGUAAUUUAUUGCUCAAAAUUUGAAUAAUUUAAAAAUUGUUGUACAUGCAUUUGAUUUCUUAUUACUUGGAUUUAAAAGUCUAGUUUAUUCUACAUCUUAUUAAUUAGAUGUUUUGGUUAAAUUACGUCAUUAUUAAAGUAUGGAUAGAUUUUUAUAUCCUUUUGAUCUUGAAACUUUUAAUCAAUUCAAUUAUUAAACUUUUUUUAUUGAAUUAAUUGAUGUUCUUUGGAAAAUCAAUGCUCAUUUAUAAUCCAAUGGAAUUUAAACCAAGUUUUAUUAUUAUCUUUGGUCAGCUUUAUUUGAUUCUGAUCUUCUAAUCAAAUUUGAACCAAUAAUGUAAUAGAUAUAAAUAGAAAGAAAACUCUUCUUUGAUUUCACACAAUUAUUAGCAAUAACAGAUACAAAUCUACUAAAAAAAUGUCUAAGAUUAAUAAGUAAUUCAAAAAUAAGAUUUGAAAAAGAUUAAAUCUAUAACAAUUAUAUAUGUACUAUCAAUAAUAUCAUGAUACCACCUGAAUGUUUAAGUAUUUUUGAUCAUUUUCAAUUAAUUCAAGAUACAGAAUUAUAAGAACUCUAUUAUAGUAUUAAAUGUAGUAUUUAUAAUGCUUAAAAUGAAGCAUUUUAUAAUUCUGAAGAUUGUGAUAAUUUACUCAAUAAAUUUUUAGUAGGUUUGAAUGGUUUAGUGACUAAUUUAUAAGAUGUUUAAUCAAUUAUGUAUAUAUUCAAAAGUCUAUUAAAUGCAAAUGGUAGAUUUUCAUAUAAAUAAAUUAUGACAAUGAUGUGGGAAUAAUCAAGAUUUAAUUAAUUCAAACAAUUUCUAUAAUUAAAUCCUAUAUCAGAAACGUCAAUCACUUUAUUAGUAUUCACUAAAAAAAUGAUAAGUAUAGAUUCAGUCAAAUCAUUAAGAAGUGAAAUUGUAGAUGAAAUGUAUGAAUGGAUUUAUAGUUUAUCACAAUAUUAUGUUGAUUGGUUAACUAGAAAUAAUAAUGAUUUCAAUUAGGAAAGAUAACUUGGAGAAAAAAGUGAAAAAAAAAUAUAUUAAGUUUAUUAUAGACCUAUUAGAAAGUUACUUAAAUUAUUUGUUAAUUUUAAAUACAUGAGAUAAUGUUUAACAAGUAAAGUUAAAGUCAAAGAGUAGAUAUUACAAUUAAUUUACAAACUCUUACAUCUUAUAAAUUUAAAUGAUCUUAAUGUUCUUAUUCAUAAAAUGGAACCAUUAUAUCGAGUAUGUGAAUGGCUUGUUGAAUUUGAAUUAGCUAAUAAUAAGAUGAAUCCUAAUGAUUCACAUUUAAUACUUGAAUUUGCUAAUAAAGCUAUUAGAAUAUAAGAAAAAUAAACUUUCACUUUAGCUAUUAAAAUAUUUGAAAUUGCCAAAGAUAAACCAGAUAUUUUAAAUAAACAUUAUGUAAAAUAUAUAUAAAUAAAAUUAGGUACUCAUUUAAUUCAUUUUGGAAGAUUUAUUGAUAGCUGCUUAUAUUUAUAAUUAAAGGGUUUAAGAGAUUGGAAAAAUUCUAUAUAAUCAUUUAAAAAAACAUCCAAAUAUCUAUGAUUCACUAUUUGUUUCCAUUUAAUAAAGAGUUUCCCAAAAAAAAUCUGCUCUAUGGCAAUAAUAGUUCAUACAAAAGGCAUCCAUUUUGAAAUAAUAGCUUUAUUAAAAGCAAGAUCAAUUUAAUGAUGCUUUUGUUUAACUACAAAUGCUUUACAAUUACCUAUAAUGA